UCCUACAGUAGGAAUAACCGUGUCUUCUGUCGGUCUGAACGAAUAGCAAUAUAUUAAUAUUAAAACGUUGUUUGUGAAGAUGGUUACAGUUUUUUGGUUUACGUUGUUUCCUUUGAUAUUUGGCGGUAAUUGUGUUAAGUAUCAAGGUGCCGAAACUGGUUAUGUGAUACAUAACAUCCCAUUUAUUUUUAAAUAUCACAAUAAUGAUAAGCUAAAUAUAUUUUUAACACUGACAAACAUGAAUCAAAAUAUGAGCGUGGGUGUAUAUUUUAGUUAUCAUACGUCAGGUGGAAAACUAAAUGAGCGCGUGAUUGAAGGUCAAGAAACUUCAACUGCAGUCAUUUUUCUAAUUGAUCUCUAUUUAUUACAUAAACCUUAUGUUAAGGUACACCUAAGUUUAUAUACAGAAAUUGGAUAUGUUAAUAAAACAAUCGCUAAUGGAACACUUGCAGGCGACAAUGGACAAGAUACGUCUAUUUGUGUGAAUCCAAAUAUGUGUAAAAUUACUGUGGAUGCGGCAGAAGUUGCAAAAGAGAUUAAUGCAGCGAAGGAAUACACAACAAGUACCACUAUACCAAGAACCACGAAACGAGUUACGAAGUCCACAAUUAUAAGACAGAGUAGUACAGAUUUUGGUAACGUUGUGGACACCACUACAACGGAGUACUCGAGAGACAAAAUCAGAGAUAACACGAGGGACAAUGGGAGAGACGACGGGAACCACCCGAGAGACACUGCGACGGACAAAAGGAGAGACAACGCGAACAACCCAAGAGACACUGCGAGGGACAAUGGGAGAGACAACGCGAACAACCCGAGCUUCACCACAAGAGGCAACUUCAGAGACCAACCAAGCGACCCAAGAGACACUGUUAGGGACAAUAGGAGAGACAACGCGAAUAACCCAAGAGACACUGCGAGGGACAAUGGGAGAGACAACGCUAACAACCCAAGCUUCACCACGAGAGGCAAUUUCGGGAACCACCCAAGAGAAAAUGCCAGAGAUAACGAGAGGGACAGUGACAGAUACAAAGCAAGAAUCAUUGCGAUUGAAAACGCCACAGAAAACGUGACAAAUAGCCUAGGAGUCACCGUGAGAGACAACGAGAGUGACAACACGGCAGACAAAGCAAAUGCAACAGUUGUUCCUGACAAUAGCCGGAUGCCACAGAGUUCUGAAACCCCUGUUUUAAUUUACAUCAUACCUGUGGUAGUAGCAUGUCUCCUUAUACCAAUCAUUGUAAUAAGCAUGAAAAGAUAUCGGCUUCGGAAUUCAAGACAACAAGCGGUUGAUAUAGCUACCUAUUCUACGAAGAAUCAAGUGUUGUAUGCAGAGCUAGAUCUUGCGACGGCUAACAAAGAAGUCGAGAGAAACAACGAAGACUCACCGUAUGUAGAAAUUAUUGGAGUUUUAUUGCCAAAAAAUAAAUAAGUAGUAUUUCGAAUAAAAAAGGCUGGCUGCAUUGC